AUGGAGGGAGGGAAUUUCGGCUACUCCCGAGACUAUCUGGACCGCUUCAUCCAAAGCCAAGACUCAUCUGUGGUGAACAAGUUCCAGCAGAAGUACUGGAAAACCAAGCAGACGCUCAUCAAGGUCACCGGGAAGAAAGAGGACGAACAUGUCGUGGCGUCGGAUGCGGAUCUGGAUGGAAAACUGGAGGUCUUUCACUCCAUCCAGAGGACGUGCAUGGAGCUGCUGAAAGUCAUCGAGCAGUACCAGAGGAGGAUCUGCUUUCUUUCCCAAGAGGAGAACGAGCUGGGCCGUUUCCUGCGCUCGCAAGGCUCGCAGGAUAAAACACGGGCUGGAAAGAUCAUGCAGGCCACUGGGAAAGCACUCUGCUUCUCCUCCCAGCAGAGAUUGGCUCUGAGGAACCCUCUGUGCCGUUUGUACCAGGAGGUGGAAACGUUCCGCUAUCGAGCGAUCUCAGACACGUGGCUAACGGUGAACCGGAUGGAACAAUCCAGGACUGAAUACCGCGGAGCUCUUCUCUGGAUGAAGGAUGUAUCCCAGGAGCUGGAUCCAGAUACACAUAAACAGAUGGAGAAAUUCCGCAAGGUUCAAGCCCAGGUGCGCUCUACCAAAACAAGCUUUGACAAACUGAAGAACGACGUCUGCCAGAAAGUUGACCUGCUGGGAGCCAGCCGCUGCAACCUCCUCUCUCAUGUUUUAACCACAUAUCAGACAACACUUUUGCACUUCUGGGAGAAGACGUCUCACACUAUGGCGGCCAUUCACGAGAGCUUCAAGGGCUGUCAGCAUUACGAGUUCUCCACACUUAAGACAUUACAAGAUCCAAUGGACAAGCUCGCUAAGAAGAAGGCGAAGAAGAAAAUGAAAGCAGCGGCAAAAGAUGGGAAGAAAGCCGAGGAGGCCACAGAUGACCAGUGA